AUUUCCAUUCCAAAAAUUGCCAGGAAUAUGUCUAUCAGCGAAUCUGAUGAGAUGUGAGCUUCAUGCUCAGCGCCUCCCUCUACGUGCUUUUCGUGUGCAGGGUAUCAAAGGGCAGGCGAGGCUGGUUUCUUGGAGGCAUGGUCAUUAUGAGGCUUUGGACCUGAGCUGUAAAUCUCUUCCUGGUGACAAAGCUCCAAUAUUUUCCGUGUGCACACUAGGAGGGAGCCCAGAUAUUUUCCGAAGCCAGAGUUUUAAAUGGACGUAUCCAUAUGUACUGUUUGCCUUCCUGCCAUGCUCAUUUCUGGACUUUAAGUGAUUUAGCACCUGCUUGACAUCAACCAAAUUAGUAGUACAUCUGCCUGUGGAGCGGGGCUUAUAGCUGUGGAGGCUGGCGGCCAGUGAAGGGCGACAGUCGCACAACUGUACCGCAGACCCAGCGUCUCCUUCAGCACCAGGAGCUCCUGCAUAGGACGUCACUGGAGAACCAGAAGCUGAGUCUUAUGGGGGAGGUGUCCUACCUGAAACUGAAGCUGGCAGACAUGGAGGGAAAACAGAACCACGGGGCUGAACGGCAACAAAAAGCAGAGACUGUAGUUAACUUCAUUAGUGAGCUGCAGGAGCAGAUGUGCAGGUUUCAGGAGGAGAUCAAUAGCAAGAUCCAGGAGAAAAAGGCCUCGGAGGUCCCGGCCGACACCGGCGCUGCUGUGGCGUGCUGCGCUGGGCCCGCUGAGGGUGGAGGCUGCAACCCCACAGGGUCGUCCUGUGACAGAACCUCCGGGGUGAUGCACCAACUGGACGAGGAUCCAGAUGGGGCUGAUGGGAUCACCCACAGCCUGGGAGAGGGUAGCUCAGAUGCAGAGGAACAGUACCACUAUGGAGAAGAAAGUGGUUUACUGAAGGAGCUCCGUAUUCUCAAGGACAAGGUGGAGCACCUGGAGGACCAGAAGUCCCAGUACGAGAAGAAACUCAAAGCAACCAAGGCGGAGAUCAGCAGCCUGCAGCACCUUCUGCUCACGAAGAACGCUGAGAUCGAGAGCUUGCACACUCAGCUGCUGGCCAGACCCUGUCUCACCAGCGAGAGCUCAGAGAGAGAUCAGGAACUGCAGAGGCUUAAGAUUGGAAUGAAAUCACUGGUCGCUGCAAACGAUGAAAAGGACCGGCGCAUUGAGGAGCUCACUCUGCUCCUGAACCAGUGCAGGCAAUUCAGAGAGGUCACUCACGUCACAAGGCAAGCUCCACCUGCUGUCCGUUCUUCACCGAACGGGAGGACUCCUUCAAGCAGCAGUGAGGAAGAGGAGCAGCUGAAGAAUACGGACUCCGCCAGUGCAAAAUCUGAAGAUGUGAAGUCUGAGGUUUCCACAAACAGCUCUUCCUCCCGUCACACGUCACUGAUGUCAGAUCAGAAGGACAGCGACUACAGAACAGAGCCACCAGCUCUUUCUAGUAGUAUGAAUGACCUGACUAAUGGACUUUCACAACAGAGUGGCAACAGAAGUCAGACGAUGCCUGCGAAUUCCUCCCCGUCAGAGCAAAACGGGAUCGGAGGCAGCAGCAGUGAAACCCAGAGCCAAAGGUCUCCGGAUGGGAGUGAAGAUGGAGACUCCAGCCAAAGAAAGUCGGAGAGAGCUGAUGACAGCACUUCAAGCAAUAGUUCCCCCGUUCAAUCUGGGACCACCUCGCAGCCGGGCCAACGGGCUGUGGGCUCACCAGAAUACAUGAAGAAUAACAGGAGCUUCAAGAGACUCUGGGGGAAACUUCGGAGAACCCAGUCUGGAGGGCUGCAGGCAGCUGAUCCAGACGCUGGUCAGUUUAGAAGAGGGGGUCUCCGUGCUACAGCUGGACCCAGACUCACCAGGACGCCUGAGUCUUAUGACUCCACACGUGAUCUGAAUAUUCCAUUCAGCCAGUGGACCAAGGAGCAGGUGUGUGGCUGGCUGGAGGACUAUGGACUGGGCCAGUACGUCAGUCUGUCCAGACAGUGGGUAGAAAAUGGACAGACACUGCUGUCUGCUACACCUCAGGACUUUGAGAAGGAGAUGGGAGUGAAGAAUCCUCUGCACAGGAAGAAGCUGCAGCUCGCUCUGAGGGCGUUCACCACCAAAGUUAUAGAGAAGUCGUCGGAGCUGGACUACAUCUGGGUCACACGCUGGUUGGAUGAUAUUGGUUUGCCUCAGUACAAAGACCAGUUCCAUGAGGCCCGGGUAGAUGGUCGAAUGAUACAAUACCUCACAGUGAACGACCUCUUGAGUCUAAAGGUCACCAGCCAGCUUCAUCAUCUCAGUGUCAAGUGUGCCAUUCAUGUCCUUCACGUCAACAAGUUCAACCCCCACUGUCUGCGACGCAGGCCGGGGGAGGAGAAACAGCCAAGCCCCUCAGAGGUGGUGCAGUGGUCGAACCACCGUGUGAUGGAGUGGCUGAGAGCGGUGGAUCUGGCUGAGUAUGCUCCUAAUCUACGGGGCAGUGGCGUUCACGGAGGUCUGAUUAUCCUGGAGCCGCGUUUCAGCUCUGAAACAUUGGCCCUGCUGUUGAAUAUUCCACCUCAGAAGACAUUGCUCCGGCGCCAUCUUGCCACGGCCUUCUCUGCCCUGGUUGGGCUUCAGGCCACGCAGGAGAAGCGAGAGUACGGCAAUGCCACAGGCCAUGUUCCCCUCACCACCACAGCUAAAGUGAAGCCAAGAAAGCUGGGCUUCACCCAAUUCAGUCACCUGAGAAAGAGAAAACCUGAUGACUCGGCGGAUUACAUCUGCCCGAUAGACAGCGGAGCGCUGACAGUGAAUGGGGUUUCCCGGCUGCCCUCUGCAGCACUCAGGGGCCUCAGCCCGAGCCUGGGAAGACAGGCUGAGAGGCGGGAGCCGAUUGGAAUAAAGGUUGAGGCUAAUGGCCUCAAACAAUGAUUUAAAAGUAUCCAUGGACGCACUGCUCUCCCACUAAGUGACUUUUGUGAACCUGUGGAGAUUCUAAUGCAGGAACUCGAUAACUGAGAUCGACGUGAUGAUUUGCUGAAUGGGCUGCAAAGAUGCUGUGUGAUGCAGUUGAUUUGACUAUUGUUUGUGUCUUUCUAACCUGAUGUCGCUUGCACAAUGUUCAUCUACAAUGAUGAUUAAUGACAUGGUCUGAAAUGUUCUAUCAAAGCUGCUCUCUGCAUUCCUUAUACAGUCGGAUUCCAAAGCUUUGACUUUUGCUUUCAAACAAUGCAUUUUACCGACCCUUUUGUAUCUAAUCUUGUGUAGAUUUAGUUAUGAUAUCAAUGACCUGUUUUUGUUAAAUAUUUGGAUUAACUCUACAGUUUAUUAUCAGUUACUUAAAGUCUUGCUGUUUCUCAUUUCUUCACGAGUGACAACACGUUUGAAAGUUAGAUCCCUUUGUUUGUACAUUAGUGGUACUGAUAUGCACAUUUAAAUAAGACUUGUUGAUAUACCUUUUGAUUCUCCUACACGAAAGUUGACUUGUUUCAUAAGAUGCUUGUGAAAAUGCAGUAAUAUAAUAUCAGGUCAACAGUUAACCUUGUUGGAUUUUUAAAAUUCUAAUACAUUACCCUUGAAUAAAUGUGUUUGAGAGUU